UUUAUUUGGGGUUUUUCUCUCCUGCACCUCACAGGAGCUAUGGGCAAUAACCUGAGUGUCCCAGAGGAAGCUGAGGAUGACAACACCUGCACAGUGAAGAGUUACCAGCCUCUCUCGGAGUCUCCUGAAAGUAUUACCAAUGGAUCGGUGGUGUUUGUCCAGACCCCUCCCCUGGCAGUGAACGGUGAAGCAGCUGCAGGCCAGCAGAACACAUCCGUGCCCCCGGCAGAGCCCGGCCCCGGUGCCCGGGCGGGCGGGCAGAGCGUUGGGAGCGCUGCCAGCAGAGCCCUGCCGGCUGCCAGGCUCCGCUCCCCGCCGUUCUUCCCCUGGGCUGUGCCAGGGCGUGCUGAGGAGCCAGCGGUGCCACCAGCCCCCCGAGAGGCCGCCCUCGAUGCCACUCCGCUGAACGAAGCCCCGAGCGAGGGCACAGAGGUGCCCGGGGCGGCUGUGCCCCACGAGGGAACCAUCGAGGGAACCCAUCCCAAGCUGGGCCAGGACGCCGAGCUCGCGGGGACGCCUGAGGGACACGAUGUGGCCGCCCCAAAGGGCAGGCAAGUGACGCUCCUCGACAGGAUCUUCAGGCUGGAGAAGGGCAAGGGAAGGACACAAAGUGACCCCCAGGAGGGAAGGCAGGGCUUGGACGUUCCCGACGGGAGCAUCGCGGCCGGUGCGCCCAACAGGGUCCUGCUGGGCAAGGAGCUAGAUGAGUGCAGGCAGAAGGAGCUCGGGCAGGACUCUGCAGGUGACCAGAGCCCGGCUGCUGCAGCACCUGCGAGGGCAGAGGUGGAGCAGGACAGUGCCCAGGCAGCUGCAGGACAGGGCUCAGUCAUGAGCUUCCUCAGGACACUGGUCUCCUCAAGCAAAGCUGAAGCCAAAAGUGAUUCUGAAGAUAAGGGCUCCAGGGCGGAGAAGGGCCCUGGGGGACAGCCUGGCCCGAAGGCAGCGGCAGAAUCCCCCUCCAAAGGAGCCAAGAAAAAGAAGGCAGAGAGCCCCAAAAAGCUGGGCCACAGCACCUUUAGCAAACUCUUUAGGCACAAGGCUGCAAAAGAAACCCAGCAGACAACCAACACCAAAAUUCCUGAGCAGCCUCCUGUCACCUGUGUGAAAGCAGACAGAAAUGUCCCUCCCUCCCAAGAGCCGCCGGCCAAGCAGAACCCCAAAGCUCCGGAGCCCCCGGCCCCUCCACAGGGAGUGACCACUGACCCCCCCCGGGAGGCCACCAAGGACAAGGACAAGGGCUCGGCCACUCCCCUGCCCCUGAGCAAGCUCUUCUGGAAAAAGAACUCCUCGGAAGAAGCGGAGGCCGUGGGCAGUGAGAGGGCAGAGGCGGCUCCCGAGGCGGUGCCUCCCGACAGGGACGAGAACAAGAGCGCAGAAAGCGCCGAGCCCAAACCGCGAGCGGCGGAGAGCAAAACGCCCAAGGCAAACCUGAGGAAGUUCUUCAAGCUGGCAGCCAAGGGGGAUGCAGGGACCCCCCGUUCAGGAGAGGGAGAUGGUCCCAGCCCCAGACACCACACUUUGAACGCCACGGAGAAGCCUCUUGCCCCACCUGAGAGCGACCCUGGGGGCCCAAGGAGCAAAGAGGGCUCCAAAGACAAGAAAUCCACGCUGGAGCUGGGCAAGCAGAAGGGCAAGGAGCAGCCAGAGCCCCGGGAGCAGCCAGCACCCGACCCUGACUCCAUCCACAACGGCGGCGACGCCAAGGAACCCUCCUACAAGAAGACAGAGAAGAGGCAGUCCCUGGGAGGGUUUUUUAAAGGCCUUGGCUCCAAAAGGAUGUCGGAUGCAGAAGUGCAGACAGAUCCCGUGUCCAUCCUCCCUGCUGGGAAAUCCAAGUAGUGCCCAGCCCUGGCUGCUGGAGGGAGGCUCAGCAGCUCUCUGGGAGCUCCUGGCAGCAGGAAUGACUCCUUUCCUUUCUGGCAGCAGGAAUGACUCCUUUCUGGCAGCAGGAAUGACUCCUUUUCCUCCCCACAGCUGCCAGCAAACACCCGAGGCUGAAGCAAACUCUGGGGUGUCACUGCAGGUUGUCACUGGCAGGGUUUGUUGCUCACCUGUAGAAAGCAGCUCUAAAGAUCCCCAUGAAAUGUGUUAAAGGUAAGGUGCUGUGGAUGAAGUGAGUAAAGGGGAGGGUAAGUUAGGGAUGAGGAUGGCAGAGAAUUCAAUAAAUGGCAGAAAAAGCAGAGAAUCGGACAGAGCUGCACAAGGUUACCAUCGGUUUUAUAUAGGAUUUUUCAGUCCAUUGUGAUUUCCAGAAUUCAAUGCAUGGCACAGAAAAGCAAAGCACGUGGCAGAGGAUGGCAGCGAGGCACGGGCAGAGAAUCCUUCAUUCAGAGAGCUCAAAAGCGGCCAGGAAAGCACAAAUCCCCUGCGAAAUGUUCUGCAACCGAACAGCAGCCGGGUCCCUUCUGGUGGGGUUCCCACAGAGCUGGAAUUGAGCUGAGCCUUCAGCCUGACACAGCCCCUGCUGAUCCAGCCCUGCUUCCCCCGGGUUAUUAAUGGAAAUUAAAACGCUAAAUGCAAAGGCUUGACGUGAUUGAGGCAGCUCCUCUCUUGGCCAGGCGGGGUGGGAUAACAAAUUAAAAGCUAUUUAAGGUUCUAAUAGGACACAAGAGGGCAGCCACGUCCCUAACGCCGGGCUGUGCCUGCCAGCCCGGAAUUAAUGUUCCUUAGACUGUAGGAAACUUUAGUUGUUCAUCCCGAUGUUUGUUUAUAGCCAUACUUGUAAUUAAUCCUAAUAAAAACCAAAAUCGAAGCUGCCCAGGCAGCUCUCUGCUUCACAAGACUCCUGUAAUAACUGUAGUUAAUAAAUAUUACAGAAAAUUAAGAUUUCUGUUCGUUCAAUCCUAGCCUGUACAGGGAGCCAGGAGCCUGAUGUUUUAAUCCACAUUGAUCUUAAUGAUGCAAUACUGUAUAUUUUGACAUCCUUAUCUUUAAAUAAACUAAUACUUAUCCUUUGAAACAAAAAA